GCGAGGCAAGGACAAGAGACGUCGGAGAGAUAGUGACUCCAGCGACAGUGGUCGUCGGAAAGAUCGGGAUGGUCGGAGGCGCCAGCGCGCGACAAGCUCAAGCAGCUCCCUUCGAGUGCGGCGCUGGCGGUCUUUGGAGCGGAGACGUUCUGCAGAUCGCAGGCGAAGCAGGGAUCGUGAAGAUCGGGGCCGUCGCAAGAAAAAGGAAAAACUUGAGGACUCUGGUUCAGAGGAGAAGAAUGCAAAAGCAAACAAGAAUGACGACAAGAUAAGUAAGAAGGAUAGCAAUUUCGACAAAGAAGUCAUCGAUGUCAGAGCCAGUACGGACAAGGAUGAAACUGUUGCUGUGAGCAACGGGAACAUGACGAGCAGGCCCUCGAAGUUUAGCCCUAUAGAGGCACACCAAGUCCCUUUGACAAAUCCAUAUCCAAAGGGAUCAACUGAAGCGCUCCGACUGGACGCUGCUCGAUUGGAGGUUGCAAGGCUACGGGCCAUGGGCAAAAUGCCACCACCACAUCUGAUGAAAGAGGUGGCCGCAGGAGCCAAAGCAGCUGCAAUAGGGCCAAAUACAGUUCAGCCCAAGCCAAAGAAGGCUGCGCCAGCUCCAUGGAUGGCCGCCCGUGCAGUCUUCGGGAAGGAUGGUGAUGCAACAAAAGCGUCGGAACCAGCAACACCGACGAGCGAUGCAAAGGAAAGUGCCAAGAACAUCAAAAAGCUUGGGACAACGGAGUUGUCAGAGCUCUCCAAGAGCAUCGCAGAAGAGCGCAAGAAGCUUCGCCUUUUCGUUGUAAAGGCCAAAGCUGACUUUGAAGACCGGAAGGAAAAGGCCAAAGCCAUGCAUCAGACUAUUCAAAUGGGUGAGACUGAUGAGAACGAGUACUAUUCUGCAUCGGUCGGUGAAGAAAUGGCGAGUCGAUAUAGGGUUGAGGUGGCUAUUGGUCGGGGUGUUUUCUCCAGCGUCUAUCAUUGCAAGGGCUUGAAGGAUAGCAAGGACUAUGCGAUCAAGCUGAUUCGGGCCAAUGCAAUGAUGAGGCGAUGUGCUGACAAGGAGGUUGAAAUGUACAAACGUUUGGAGAAGGUUGCUGGGGAAGACCCAGAGGGGUUCAAGCACAUCAUCAUCCUGGCUGAUAUUCAAACCUUCGAGCACAGCGGACACUUGAGCCUAGUUUUUGACCUUCUGAAGUGCGACAUGCGCUUUGCUCUCCAGAAGUACGGGAUGGGUGGAGGUCUUCCACUCCCAACCUUGCAGCAGUAUGUGAGGCAAAUCUUCCUUGGUCUCCGGGCUUUGCGAAUUGCCAAGGUCAUGCAUGCAGACCUAAAGCCCGACAAUCUGUUGAUGACCUUGAGCAAGGCCGAAGUUAAGAUUUGUGACUUUGGGAGUGCCAUGGAUGCAUCGGAGCAGGUCAAGACAGCGUACUUGCAGCCACGAUACUACCGUGCGCCGGAGAUCAUGCUUGGAGUUCCCUAUGACAUGGGCAUCGAUAUGUGGAGCGCAGGCACCACAGUCUUCGAGUUGUCGACCGGAAAGAUUCUUUUCACAGGCAAAACCAACAACCAGAUGAUGGGCAAGAUGAUCUCUGUGGUCGGGAAGUUUCCAGAGAGGAUGUGGAAGGUUGGUGAAUUCGCCAGGAAACACUUCAAUGAAAAUGGAGACUUCAUCAGCCAGGACCCUGAUUCCAUCACUGGACUGCCAGACGUCGUGCAGCUGUCAAAGCCCACACGGACGGUUCUAAAUUUGCUUCAGGCAGAGCUCAAGCACCCUAAUGCUGGUGUAGAGAAGAAGGACCAUGAAAAAUGGGUCGUGCAACUGGCAGAACUUGUCAGCAAAUGCUGCGUGCUGGAUCCCCAAGAAAGGCUAAAGCCUGCGGAGGCUCUUGAGUUGGCCUUUUUCAACGCAGAGCGAAAUUGA